CUGUAACAAUUUUUUAUUUCUUUCUCAUUUCGGAUUCAUCUUUCCUCUUAUUCUGAUUUUCUCUCCCCUUUUUCAAUUUUUACGAAAAAAGUUUCCUCCGUUUAUGGAUCAGAAUUUAGAAGAAAAGUGCUCUGUGUAAUGCUAUGUGAUCGAUAUGCCCGUUAAUUGGCCCACCACCGGCCGCACGCCCGGCUCAGCAAUGGAGUACGUUCGUCAAUUAAAGGCUUUAACAGCCUUUUCUUCACUUUUUGAAUUCAAUGCGAACCAAAUUCGUGUUGAUAAUAUUGUUUUUAAAUUACAUUCAACUUUGACAGUUCUCAUACUUUUAGUUGGUACUAUGUUCGUCUCUAUGAGACAAUAUUUCGGUGAACCAAUUGAAUGUAUGAACGGUGGAAGAAGUGAUAUACAAAUUGCUACUAUUCAACAUUAUUGUUGGCUUGAAGCUACUUUCUCCGUUCCUGGACCCAAAACGGAAUAUGCUGGUGUUCAUCACGCCUAUCCAGGUAUUAAGACCCAAGGUCCAAAUGAUAAAAAGGUUUACCAUAAAUACUAUCAAUGGGUCUACUUUGUGCUAAUUAUUCAAGCCAUCUUAUUUUAUGUCCCACGGUACAUUUGGAAAGCAAAGGAAGCCAAGAGGAUACGUACAUUAAUCAGCGAGCUUAAACAGCAACAUAUACUUGAAAGAAAUGAAUAUGAUCGCCAAAGACUAGUUCAGGAUGUGGCUGAUGCAUUAUUGAUCAGCAAUGACUACUUUUAUCAUUUCUUCAUGUGUGAAGUGUUUUAUAUGAUCCAUCUUGUUUGUCAAGUAUGGUUCACCAACAUGUUCCUUGGUGGGGCCUUUCUAUAUCUUGGCCUGGAAUGGCUAUCAUUUGCUCAUGCUUCUAUAGACUAUCGAUAUGAUCCACUCAUUCGAGUGUUUCCUCGUCUGACCAAGUGUAGUUUUCAAAAAUUUGGAUUCUCCGGUACAAUAGAAACAAUUGACACUUUGUGUUUCCUACCGUUGAAUAUUGUCAACGAGAAGAUUUAUGUUGUCCUCUGGUUCUGGUUUCUGUUUCUCUUCAUUGUAACCGGUUUCUAUUUGAUCUAUCGAAUUGUUCUUAUGGUACUACCAGCAGCUAGGUAUCGAAGAUUACAAGCCAUGGCUCCAAGUACAGAAAAGAAAUAUCUUAAAAAACUGUCAAGCCGAUCGGGUAAUUGGUUCAUUCUUCAAUUCAUCGCAAAUAAUAUGAAACCCUCACAUUUCCGUGAUCUCAUUGAUGAAGUAAUGAAGGCUCAUUUCGACCCAACCGGCAAACCAUUAUUUAAAAGUAAUAAACUAGGGAAAGCGAUCCAGAAUGGUUUAUCUGGUGUAACUCCCUCAGCUCCUAAAAGUUCAGGAAAACCUGACAAAAAGACAAAAAAAUUUGACAAGAAAGGCGGUGGCCUUGAUUCAAUCGGUUUCAAUGCCCCAAGUGCUCCAGGUCCGGGGUUUGUGGUAAAACGUGAUCCACCAUCAGGACAUUCAGGUGACUCAGAUGACUGGGUUGGCCUUGGAAGUGGCACAGAAGACCCUCUAAAUGACCCUUGGCCUUAAUGCUGAUGCAACUUUUAAUAAUUGAUAAAAAAAUCAUCAUUUUUUACAAUUUUUACUCAUUUGCAACAAUUUAAAGUAUCAUUCAUCUUUAAUUUCUACAUCUCAUCAUUCUCACCUUUAAAUUAUCAUCAUCCCAACAUUUUACAUCAAACCUCAUCUUCAUCUUCAUCAACUUUACAUCUUCAUCAUUGUCAUCGAUCUUUUAAAUUUAUUACCAAUUUGAAAAUCAGAAUCAACUUUAGAAUCAAUUUUACAAACCAAACUCUCUUUCUCUCUUGCUAUCCACACCACCAACUCUCUCGUCUCUUUUUCUCUGCGUCUUCUAAUUCACAUGAACACCAACACUACCAUCACCACAACCUCCACCACCAAUUCAUCAUUUCAUCAUCAUCAAGAAAAACAAACCAUCUUCCUUCUCUCUUUUCUUCUUUCUCUUUGAGACAAAUCACACAAUCUUUUUGCUACAAUUUCGUCCAGUUUUUUUUCUACUAAAAAAACAAAUCAACAAAUCAAUUACAAAACAAUACAAUUGUCAGUCGAUUUAUAUAUGUAUCAAUAACAAUAACGAUAAUAAUAACAGUAAUAACAUCAAAUAAAUUAAAAAACUAAAAGAAGAUGAACUCAAUAGCAUGAAGAUAAAAACAUAAAAAUCUCACAAAAUCUUAA